AUGGGUGUUCGUAUACCGUCCAUGAUUCCCAGCGCCAAGCAAAUUCUUAAGCAGCAGCCUCUUGUUACAAGAGAGAGGCCACCUGUUCCGAAGGGCCACAUUGCAAUUUAUGUUGGGGAGACAGAAAGAAAAAGGUUUGUGGUUCCAAUAACAGUCUUGAACCAUCCUUCGUUCAAAGACUUGCUUAAGCGGGCAGAGGAAGAGUUUGGCUUCAAUCAUCCGGUGGGUGGCCUAACAAUUCCGUGCAGAGAAGACACCUUCAUAAAUCUCACUUCCCGAUUGCAUGCCUAA